AUGAUGAACUUUACAAUAAAUACUGUGCUUAAGCAAGAAAUUUCUAAGAUAGACCAUGUGUUCCUGCCUGCAGAUUUUCAGGGGAACGUAAGUCAAAUAAGGUUAGUCCAGGAGUAUUUGAAGAAUGUUGUGGACUGGAUUGGAGAAAAGUCUACAAAGGCUCAAGGUCUUAGCAAGACCUUAACCAGCAUGGACAAACUGCGUUCUUCAGAACAUAUUUUGUAUCUUUUAAAAGAUGCUGAGGGAAAUAACGGUGCUGGACAAGUUAUAGGCAUCCUUAAAAUUGGUGUUAAAAGCCUAUAUUUGCAUGACGAAUCUUUGAUUUGUCACAAAGUCAGUCCUCUAUGUAUACUUGAUUUUUAUGUACUUGAGGAGUACCAGAAACUGGGCUUUGGGAAGAAACUUUUUGAUUAUAUGUUAGAUGAUCAAUGCACUACAGUCGAUAAAAUAGCGAUUGAUAAUCCUUCUCUGAAAUUUGAAAAUUUUCUGCAAAAGCAUUAUAACAUCGGAAAGUUAUUGAGACAGCAUAACUGCUUUGCAGUGUCUACAAAAUUUUUCGAGAAUGUUCAGUCAAUAAAUAAUUCCACUUCCGGGCGAUCUACACCAACCCUAGCUGCAGUGGGGUCAGUGGGUCGCUAUGCAGCACAACAACCACCAUCUUCAAUGAAUUGGGUAAUACACGGAGGCGAUAGCACGCGGUAUAAUACGGAGAUUCCAGCCAGACCAAAGACAACAAGUGAAACGAAUGCUGAUCAAUCACCCGUUAUUGAUGAACUAAAGCUUAUAAAUGAACCGGAGCGCACAAUUAAUGUUCCCGAAGCAAAGCACCUCGAGAGGCCGUCUUCUCUCGAAGUACGUCCCGUCUCUGAACAGAUCAGCAUUGACGUAACUUCUCAUGGUUCGAUCUCAUCUCACCCUACUCCAUCCCUUACCAAGGAUGGCUAUGUCGAUUUGAAAUAUUAUCAUAACAAAUUGUGGUAA